CUUCUUCAGAAAUUUUAUCAAAGAUAAAUUUCAUAAUUUAUGAUAAGAAUAUUUCUCGGAGAUAAUUGUUAACCUUGUUAAAUAGAUAUAUUUUGUUCUAAUUUUGUACUUAUUUUGUAGUUCAGCAAAUCUGACAUCUGGAACCUGUCCGAUCUGCAAUAAAGAGUAUCCGAUGGAAAUCAUUUCAGUGCAUGCCUCCAGUUGUGGAGAGGGAAAGAGCAGUGUUAAGUUGAACAUGACUCUCCAAGAAAAGAUUUCAAAUAUAUUGGAAGAUACAAAAAAACAUGAAAAACCAUGGACUCUUAAAGUUGUGAGAAGGAUGUUUGCAAGUACCGCUAUUGAACAACUAGAGGAUGGUGAUGAAGAAGAUUGGAAGAAACCGAUAAGUAUUCUUUUCAUUGGAGAAGAAGGAAUAGAUGCAGGAGGACUUUCUCGUGAAUUUUUUUCUCUCCUCUUUAAAGCCACCAAAGUUUUCGAAGGAAAUACGUUCUCUGUAGAUCCUCAACUUCUGGACAGUAAACGCUAUAGGCUGAUAGGGAAAGCAGUAGGAAAAGCGAUUAUUAGUGGUCACCCAGGACCAAGGUGCUUGAACCAGCAUGUUACACGAUACAUCUUGCAGGGUUUGGAGCCGGACUUUUCAAAGGUUAAAACAAAUGAAAUAUGCAGAGCAGAUGCAGUGAAGGCUAUAACUGAUAUAGAAGAAGCCACAAAUGAGACCAUCUCAGAAGUAUUUAAUGAACAUAUUUCAUUACUGGAUGCUACUGGGUAUUCCAAGGUUCUUACUUUUGAGAAGAAGGAGGAGGCCAUCAGAACCUUGAAGGCUUACUAUCUACUUUACAGACCAAUGGCAUCAAUCAAUCAAUUUAUUGAAGGACUAAAAAUCCAUGGCCUCUUUGAAAUACUACAACAGCACCCAGAUGAGGCAGCCUCUUUCUUCAGUGAAAGAAGUUUCCCCUCUGCAGAUGAAGUACAAGCUUUUUUCAUCCCAGUAUUUUCCAAAAUUGAGGAGGAAAAGGCGGAAGAAGAGAUAAUAAUCUAUAACUGGGGGAAAUGUCUGAAGAACAUUGAAAAGGGUAGGAUUUCAACACCCUGGUUGUCUCUUGAUACCGAUCAGGAAGAGGUGGUUCAGCUGAACAUUGGUCACCUACUCCAAGCUUUGUUAGGCUGUCCUAACUUGACCCCCUAUUUAUCAAGUGGGCUGAUUAAAUUUGAUCAUGAAUCUUUUGAUCUUCCACGUAUAAACACAUGUGCUCCAUCAAUUACAUUUUCAAGGAUUAAACAAAUCCAAAAUUACACUGCAUUCCAAGAGGCAGUUUUAAAUGUAGUUGUUGGAGCAUAUGGUUUUGGAAGUGCUUAAAGCUGAACACGACUCGUAAAUAGGCAUACGCCAUUUUCGAUGUCAUUAUCUACAAUCAAAACUGUGGUAUACUCGUAGCAUUCGAUACACCUGACUGCUUUAUUGUCAUGGUUACCGGUGUGGAAUGGCGACCCGUGUUUGUGCUCGUUAUCUUGCUUUACCUUUAUUUACAUUUUAUUACAGUUACAUAUAUCUUUAUUUGUUUAUAUACUGCACUGUCCUGUAAAACUAUAAUUGUAAAUUUAUUUGGUAUCUUACUUUCCUGCAUUAGACAAAGUAUCAUAUUUUUC